UUCGGGUUGAAACUCGGAAGCGAACUUCUCACGGCAGCACCUCCCAUCGUCGUCCCUCCGGUGAAUGGGGAUAUUAGACGACUCCAUCUCGGCUUCAUGGCCGUGCUCUUACCUUAAACUCUGGAGAAAAAAUAAAGAGAAAAAAGGGGAGCUAUUUUGAUUUCGUUCUUGACCGCUGCUCUGGGUCUCGGAGGAGCUGGGGGAGAUCACGUGGGUUUUGGGGUCUGGAUUUGGGAUUUGGAUAUCGGCUUCUUGAGGGAAGGGAGAGGGGGAUCGAAGGAUGGGGUCACUCACCAAGGUGGAGGAGCUGAUGGCGGAGGAAGGAUGGUCCAGAGAGGCGAUCAUCUACGUCAACGGCGUCCGUCGGGUGCUGCCCGACGGCUUGGCUCACCUCACGCUCCUUGAGUACCUCAGGGAUAUACAAUUGACAGGAACAAAGCUUGGUUGUGGUGAAGGUGGUUGUGGAGCUUGCACAGUCAUGAUUUCUUAUUAUGAUGAACAUAUGAAAAAAUCAGUGCAUUAUGCAAUCAAUGCGUGCUUGGCUCCGCUAUACUCUGUUGAAGGAAAGCAUAUAAUUACAGUGGAGGGUAUUGGAAAUUGUCAACGUGGCUUGCAUCCUAUCCAGGAAUCUGUAGCCAGAGCUCAUGGUUCACAGUGUGGAUUUUGUACUCCUGGAUUUGUAAUGUCUAUGUAUGCACUACUUAGAUCUUGCAAAAUGCCACCUAGUGAAGUGCAAAUUGAAGAAAGCCUUGCUGGAAAUUUGUGUCGCUGUACAGGGUAUAGACCAAUUAUUGAUGCCUUCCGUGUUUUUGCUAAACGUGAUGAUUCCUUGUAUACCAAUUCAUCAUCCAGAAGCACCUCAACCGGUGAAACCAUUUGCCCAUCAAGUGGGAAACCAUGCUCCUGUGGAAAAGACGAAGUUAGCAAUGGUGAAAGUCCAAUUGAAGUUUGUUGCAAGCAACACAUACCCUUUUCAUAUAAUGAAAUCGAUGGAAACUUGUACAGUGAAAAGGAACUUAUUUUCCCCCCAGAGCUUGUUUUGAUGAAGAAGACGCCUCUUAGUUUGUGUGGGUUUGGUGGGCUCAAAUGGUAUCGUCCUCUAAGACUUCAGCAUGUACUAGAUUUGAAGUCUUGUUAUCCAGAGGCAAAACUUGUGGUUGGGAACACUGAAGUAGGAAUUGAAACAAAAUUCAAAAAUGUCCAGUAUCAAGUUCUGAUCUCUGUCACACAUGUACCAGAGCUUAAUGUAUUGAGUGUGAAAGAAAAUGGUUUGGAAAUUGGUGCUUCUGUAAGAUUGGCACAACUGCAACAAAUUCUUAAAAACGUGAUAGCAGAACGUGACACUCAUGAAACCUCAUCAUGCAGGGCCAUUUUGGAGCAGCUGAAAUGGUUUGCUGGAAAACAGAUAAGGAAUGUUGCUUCUAUUGCUGGAAAUAUCUGCACUGCUAGUCCAAUAUCAGAUUUAAAUCCACUUUGGAUGGCUUCAGGAGCAAAGUUUCAAAUUAUUGAUUGCAAAGGAAAUAUUAGGACUGAUCUUGCCAUAGAUUUCUUUCUUGGUUACCGGAAAGUUAACCUGGCACACAAUGAAAUAUUACUAUCAAUAUUCUUACCGUGGACCAGACCUUUCGAAUUUGUGAAAGAAUUUAAGCAAGCACACCGAAGAGAAGAUGAUAUUGCACUCGUGAAUGCUGGAAUGCGUGCAUUUCUCAAAGAAGAUAAUGGAAACUGGAUAGUGUCAGAUGUUUCUAUUGUUUAUGGUGGGGUUGCUCCAAUUCCUCUGAUUGCCUCAAAAACCGAGAGUUUUCUUGUGGGAAAGAAAUGGAAUAAGAAGCUAAUGCAGGAUACUUUGCAAAUAUUGAAAGAGGAUGUUCCUCUUGCUGAAGAUGCACCAGGCGGGAUGGUUGAAUUUCGCAAAUCCUUAACAUUAAGUUUCUUUUUCAAAUUUUUCUCGUGGGUUACUCAUAAAAUGAAUGAGAAAGUAUCCUUUAUGGAAGGUUUGCACAAAACUGAUCUAUCAGCAAUCCAACCUUAUUCCAGGCCGUCUUCUACCGGAAGUCAAUGUUAUGAAAUGACAAGACAUGGAACAGCUGUGGGCCUACCAAUCAUUCAUCUCUCAUCAAAAUUGCAGGUAACUGGUGGGGCUGAAUAUACUGAUGAUGUGGCAGUACCUCCACAUUGUCUGCAUGCUGCCCUAGUGUUGAGUAAAAAGGCUCAUGCACGCAUUUUAUCUAUAGAUGAUUCACUUGCCAAAACUUCACCUGGUUUUGAAGGUCUUUUUCUUUCUAGAGACAUCCCUGGAAGCAACAAAAUUGGAGCAGUUGUUCAUGAUGAGGAACUUUUUGCCUCAGAAAUUGUCACUUGUGUUGGUCAGGUCAUUGGGGUGGUUGUGGCUGAUACACAUGAAAAUGCAAAAAUUGCCGCAAAUAAAGUAGUGAUUGAAUAUGAAGAACUUCCAGCUAUUUUAUCUAUAAGAGAGGCUGUUAACUCUUGCAGUUUUCUUCCAAAUACUGAGAAAUGUCUGGUAAAAGGAGAUGUGGAAUGGUGUUUUCAGUCAGGUGCAUGUGACAAAAUCAUAGAAGGGGAUGUUCAAGUUGGCGGCCAAGAGCAUUUUUACUUGGAGCCGAAUAGCAGUCUGAUUUGGACAGUUGAUGGUGGAAAUGAAGUUCAUAUGAUCUCCUCUACACAAUCACCCCAAAAGCACCAGGAAUGUGUUGCUGCUAUUCUUGAUCUUCCAAUGUCAAAAGUUGUUUGCAAGACCAAGCGCAUUGGUGGUGGAUUUGGUGGAAAAGAAACAAGAUCUGCCUUUAUUGCUGCUGGGGCUUCUGUACCAUCCUAUCUUUUGAAGAGACCAGUAAAAAUUACUUUAGACAGGGAUAUAGACAUGAUGAUAACCGGACAACGGCACAGUUUCCUUGGAAAAUACAAGAACUUCUUCCAGAUUGGGUACACAAAUGUUGGGAAGCUGCUGGCAUUGGAUCUCCAACUCUACAACAAUGCUGGAAAUUCUUUAGACCUGUCUCUAGCAGUUCUUGAGCGUGCUAUGUUUCAUUCAGAUAAUGUUUAUGAUAUACCACAUAUCAGGGUUAGAGGGCAAGUUUGCUAUACCAAUUUUCCAAGUCAUACAGCUUUCAGGGGUUUUGGAGGUCCUCAGGGUAUGCUUAUUGCAGAAAAUUGGAUCCAGCGAGUUUCUGUAGAGCUUAAAAAAAGUCCUGAAGAGAUAAGAGAACUUAAUUUGCAAAGUGAAGGAUAUGAACUGCAUUAUGGUCAGCAACUUCAAAACUGUACGUUGAGGCAGGUAUGGGAUGAACUAAAGGCAUCUUGUGAUUUUUCGAAGGCUCGUGAAAUUGUAGACCAUUACAAUAUCCAAAAUCGCUGGAGGAAGCGUGGAAUUGCAAUGAUUCCAACCAAAUUUGGUAUCUCCUUUACUACGAAGUUCAUGAACCAGGCUGGUGCUCUCGUGCAAGUGUAUCAUGAUGGGCAUGUUCUAGUGACGCAUGGGGGUGUUGAAAUGGGACAAGGCCUACAUACAAAAGUUGCCCAGAUUGCUGCCUCAUGCUUUGAUAUUCCAAUAAGUUCUGUAUUUAUAUCAGAGACAAGUACAGAUAAGAUUCCCAAUGCAUCACCGACAGCAGCUUCUGCAAGCUCUGACAUGUAUGGCGCAGCAGUUUUAGAUGCUUGCGAGCAAAUUAAGGCACGCAUGCAACCUAUUGCUAACAGAUACAAGCACAGUUCUUUUGCUGAGUUAGCAAGUACAUGCCACAAGGAACGAGUAAACCUCUGUGCCAAUGGAUUUUAUAUCACACCUGAUAUUGGCUUUGACUGGAAACUGGGAAAGGGAACCCCUUUCAACUACUUCACCUAUGGAGCUGCAUUUGCGGAAGUUGAAAUAGACACUCUGACUGGAGAUUUUCACACGAUAGCAGCAGACAUUGUUAUGGAUCUUGGAAAUUCUCUUAAUCCGGCCAUUGAUGUGGGACAGAUUGAAGGAGCCUUUGUUCAAGGUUUGGGUUGGAUUGCCUUGGAAGAGCUAAAAUGGGGAGAUGCUGAUCACAAGUGGAUUCGGCCUGGCAACCUAUACACUUGUGGACCUGGAAGUUAUAAGAUUCCUUCCACGAAUGAUAUUCCUCUGAAUUUCAAAGUUGCACUUUUACAGGGUGCGCCAAAUCCAAAGGCAAUUCACUCUUCAAAGGCUGUGGGUGAACCUCCGUUCUUUCUUGCUUCUGCAGUAUUAUUUGCCAUCAAAGAUGCAAUUAUAGCUGCUAGAGCAGAGGAAGGUUAUCAUGGCUGGUUUCCACUUGAUAACCCAGCAACGCCUGAGAGGAUCAGGAUGGCUUGCAUAGAUGAUUUCACCCGACCAUUUGCAAGUGAUGAUUAUCAUCCCAAGCUCAGUGUUUGAUGUCUAGUCUCUGCAAUGGACAUGCUUUCAUUAGUUAUCUGGUGUUUUUAUCCAUUCAGGCUUGUAAAGUCCCUGCGUACGUCUUUUUGCAGGGUGUGGAUAAUAUUGUAAUAAAAACGCCGACUGCUGAUUAGAUUGUGUCUAAUAUGCAUCUUGUAAUUUGAAAGAUAAAAUUCAGAUAGAAGCCAUGUAUGUAUAAUGAUACCGUUGCUCAAAAUGAUGCCUUCUUUAGGAA